AUGUUUGUGGAGGGUGUGGACGUGCUGGUGAUUGUGGUGGCGAUGGACGAGCUACACGUGCGAGAGAUGGAAAGACGACGGGCGAAAGAUGAGGCGGCCGGAACGGCCGAUGCCAAGACGAGGGUGACCGAGCCGAGCCCUGAAAUUUCUCAGAUUACGUCCAUUGCGAACGGCAUGGAGGUGGUCCUGCAGCGCCGUGAGCAGGCCGUGCUGAAGGAGAACGGGUUCAUCGGUGAGAUGCGCAUGCGCAUCAUGGCGCUGCACACAUACGUGGACCAGCACAGGUUAUCUCGGCUGACGCUGCCGGCCGGACGUGGUUCGCAGCACGCAUAG